UUUAGAAACGUGCUUAUUAUCGACAUAAAACUAAAAUGUUUUCGAGAGAAGACGGUCGUUCGAAACGUUCUCCCGAAUCACGUGCAUUUGGUUUGGACGAUAUUUUAGUUGAAAUCGGUCAAUUCGGAAAGUUUCAAUUUUGUUUUUUUCUUUUGGCAUUUAUUUUUAUAAUAUUCAAUACAACAUUGCAAUAUGGUUUUGUUUUUACUUCAAGCCCUGUUGUUUAUAGGUGUCGUGUACCAGAGUGCGAUGAAUCACAAAGUUUGAUGUACGAAAAACCAUGGAUACAUUUUUCGAUACCGAAAAAUCCUGGCGGCCAUUUCGAGAAGUGUCAAAGGUACACAUUGAAUUCAACAAAUGAUCAGAAAUCUUGUAGUGCAGAGAGUUAUGAUCGAAAAGUAGGAAUCGAUUGUGGGAAUGAUUUUAUAUUCCGUGAUGGAGAAGUUACAAUUUCGAAUGAAUUCGAAAUAUUUUGUUCAGACGAAUGGAAACUGUCAAUGGUUGGUACUCUUGGAAAUUUGGGACAAUUCUUGGGUAUACCUUUGGGUGGAUUUUUUUCUGACAGAUAUGGUUGCACCAAAGUUCUGGCGUUUGGAGGUUUUUUAAGUGCUAUUACCGGACUUGUUCGCUCGUUUUCACCAAGUUACUUCAUUUUUACCACUUUGAUAUUCCUUGACAACUUAUUCAGUUCAACAAUCUACGGGACAGUUUUCGUUCUUGCCCUUGAAAUAAUUGGUCCGAAAUUUCGAAUACGUUUUGGCAGUUUACUUCGAUUAUGUGCUGGUUUUUCGAAGUUCCUUCUGGCUGUUGUAGCUAAAACUUAUCCCAACUGGCGUUUGAUUGAGAGAAUUUUCUACAUUCCAGCCUUGGCAUUUGUUAUACUGCCUUGGAUACUACCAGAAAGUUUACGAUGGUUACUUUCUCAAGGUGAAGAAGAAAAGGCUGUUUUAACUCUCAAAAAUGCUGCAAGGAUCAAUAAGAGGAAGCUUUCUGAUUUUAGUAUUGGAAAAUUACUUGCAUCGAAUAGGGAAAGAUUGUCACUGGGAGAAGAAAAGAAACAAUCUCAUCUUCGUGAAGCUUUUAAGAUAUUUCCACGAAGAAUUAUUAAUUGUUCGCUAUGCUGGUUUGCAAAUGUUUUCCUUUUUUAUGGAUUUACCUUGAAUUCAGUACUACUCGGUGGAAAUAAGUACAAUAAUUUUAUGUACAUUUCAUUGAUUGAAAUACCGGGAACGAUUUUGGCAUUUUUAACAAUUAAUCGUUAUGGAAGAAGGUUUUCAUUAUUUGGAUAUUUAUUGAUGACUGGAAUUUGUGUAACGGUAAUAAUGUUUGUUAGACCAGAUCAUUAUAACCUUAAAUUAAUGUUGAACCUUCUUGGAAAAAUGCUUAUCACUGCAUCAUCUCACACAUUGUACGUUUUUACAUCGGAAAUAUUCCCAACAAAUGCUCGAAGUGGACUUUUUGCAUUUUGUUUGAUGAUUGGACGGAUUGGAUCGAUGGUAGCGCCACAGAUGUCAAUAUUGGAAACAUACUCCUUUUCUGCGCCGACAAUACUUUUAGCAAGUAGUGCAUUUUUAUCGAGCUAUAUGGUACUGACACUUCCAGAGACAAAUGACGAAGUUACGCCAAUUACGUUACAAGUUGGUGACAAAAUUGAAGAAACGGAUGUUAAUAUUGAAAUGGAAACCAAAGAAAAACAUUUUGUAACAAAUAUUUAGGUCUACAUAUUAUAUUAUUUUAUUUCAUUUCGAAAAACCAUUUAAAUUAGAA